AUGCAUCAUUGCAGAUCGACAAAGAUGAUGACGUAUCAGGCCAAUGAUAUUACAUCCGCUCACUCCAACUCCACAACUUCCAAAGCCGCUGCCUCCUCGCAUACACCGUCGCCGUCUUUGAACACGUUUCAAUUACCAGCGAAUACGGACGAUGGUUGCAAUAACACCAAGACUUACUGCGACAGUCUGCACAAUACAUAUAUUUCACCUGGAGACAGGUUUUGGCAUCUUGGGCAAUGGAUCACGAAAGGUGAUUCCGUUCUUGUAAUAGAUGCUUCUUCUGGGAGGGAUGAGAAUUUAAAUGAAGUGGAUGUUGAAGCAUUGAAAAGAAAGAUAGAGAGAGAGGUUGUCGUGCAGAAACCAGACGGUUCGAGGACACGUAUAAAUAAGAAUCUCCUGGGGGAAGGGAAAAUUCAAAUACAUCUUAAGGCAUCAUAA